CACUACCACAACAGCUAGUUCUCCAUCUGUAACCUUCAACUAUAUCAGUUUGUAGCCAAGUCAUUAAAUACAAAGAAACGUCGUAAAUUUGCACACAUUUGCUUGCAGUAGUACACGAGUAACAGGAUGGGAGAAUCUGUAAGGACGACUGACGGGACAGGCUAUCAGUACACAGAUAACUUUGACGUUACUGACGAAGUGAAAGAGCAGUUUGACAGGGAUGGUUUUAUUAUAUUGCGAAAUUUUUUAGACACCGAAGAGGUGGCUACUUUAAGAACGGCCCUGGAGCAAGACAAGACCCUGGAGGACAAUUACUAUACCAGGGACGAUGGGGAGGGAAAUCAGGCCAAAAUGGCCAACUGGAAUCACCCUGUGGAUGACAUAACCGGGAUGAUAGGGAGGAGUGACAAAGCUGCCGGUACCAUGGAAAAGCUUUUAGGGGGAGAGGUAUAUCAAUAUCACGCCAAAGUCGUCAUGAAAGAACCAUUUACAGGGGGUGCAUUUGUAUGGCACCAGGAUUACGGUGAUUGGUACCAUUACGGCAACUUGUUUCCAAACAUGGCUACUGUGUGGAUUGCUGUGGACAGAGCAGACAGGACAAACGGGUGUCUACAGAUACUACUUGGCUCCCAUCAAGCUGGGCGACUGGAGCACGUGAAAGUCGGUGAACAAGCAGGGGCUGACCCGGAACGCGUAGAACUCCUUGCCAAAACCUGCCCCUUGACCUACGUCCAGCUUGACCCUGGGGACGCUCUGAUAUUUCACUGUAAUCUGGUCCAUCGAAGUGACCAGAAUCACAGCCAGAACCGCCGUUGGGCUUACCUUGUCUGCUAUAACCGUGCAUCCAAUGACCCAGUGUAUAAACAUCACUAUCCUAACUACACGCCCCUGAUUAAGGUGCCGAAUAGCAGAAUAAAGGAAUGUGACACUAAAACAUCCACCGAAGGAAAGUUUUUUUUCAAGGACCCUCUAACAUCCCGGCCUUCUAAAAUAAGAUGCAAAACUAUAGUACCAACAAUAAAAUUAUUUUGCAGCAGACAACAAGCGCACCCUGUGGUCAGAGAAAAACAUGCAAUUAUUUACACAAUGGGAAGUGAAUGAAUCUCCAAAUCAAACGGCCAUCUGAUUUUGUCUGAAAAUAUAUAGUAAUUUAGCAGAGCACCAAAUUAAUUUUUUGUUUCAAUUAUUUUAUGAUUGGUGAGGAAUAUACUAUAGCUGUAGCUCUUGUGAUAUUAUGCUCUUUUCCUUUAAUUUUUUCAAUCAAUUUCUUUUAAUAUUUAAAUUUCAUUAAAUAUUUUGCUUCUAAUUUAAGCUUCAUUUGGGUGAAUGUCUAUUGCUUAUGCACUGAAAAUGCUACGUUGUGCGUACUAUAUAUUUAUUUCUUGCAAUAUCAGAAUAAGAGCAUGCAAUAAAUACACAAAUUGAUUAUGUGUAAAGAAAAUGUGUUUCUCCCUCUUCAUUCAAAGCAUCUUGAAU